AAAACGAGAAAGCCGUUUUAGAAAUCAAGAAACGCAUGCGCAUAGCCUCGUUCAUCGUUUAUUCCUAACAAUCGAACAAGAUGAAUCCUUCGUUUGAUAGUUCUGGAGCUCCUAAAACCCUCUAUGUAGGAAACCUUCCCCUUCAGGCCACAGAAGAUCUUAUUGUAGUUCUCUUUAAUCAAAUUGGACCUGUUAAGGGUUGUAAAAUUAUCCGUGAUCCUGGAUCUGAUCCAUAUUGUUUUGUUGAGUUCCAACACCAUCAAGCGGCCAGUGCUGCACUCACAGCCAUGAAUAAAAGAUCGAUCAUGGGGAAGGAGAUGAAGGUGAACUGGGCCUCCACACCAGGACAAGGUGGAGGGCCGGCCCAAGCUGUUACACAGAAGAAAGAUACCUCUGAGCAUCAUCACAUAUUUGUCGGUGAUCUCUCUCCGGAGAUAGAAAACGAUACUUUAAGAAACGCUUUCACCCCGUUUGGAGAGAUCUCAGACUGCAAGGUUGUAAAGGACCCACUAACAAACAAAUCCAAGGGCUAUGGUUUCGUCUCUUUUGUGCGUAAAGUUGACGCACAGUCCUCUAUAGAGCAGAUGAACGGACAGUGGUUAGGUAGCAGAUCAAUCAGAACCAAUUGGGCUACAAGGAAACCUGCAACCGCCGGCGGUUAUGUUGGUGGGAAAUCGUUGAAUUACGAUGAGGUAUUCAGACAGUCAUCGCCGACAAAUUGCACCGUCUACGUCGGCGGUAUGACAACCGGCGACGAAGUUGUGCUCAGGGAAGCUUUUAAGCUUUACGGUAAAAUCCUGGAGAUCAGAUAUUUCAAGGACAAGGGAUAUGCAUUUGUGAGAUUCGAUAACAAGGAAUCUGCGUGUAGCGCUAUUGUUGCCUGUCAUCUGACCGAGGUGGGCGGUCUGGUCAUCAAGUGCUCCUGGGGCAAGGAGGGUGUCAUGACCGACCAGGCCAAGGAUCCCUUCAGCAACUACGAGAAGCACAAGGUUGUUAGCUCAACGGCUAAGCCGGGCGCGAAGCGUCCUCUGGAGGACGAGGACGAUGAGUAUUCGUUCAAGCGCCAACCGCCGCCCCCGGGCUAUGGACCAGGUCCAGGUGCCCCACCCGGACCUCCUCCUCCAGGGUACAACCAAGGGUACAACCAAGGGUACAACCAGGGACCUGGGUACAUGCAGGGACCGGGACCAGGCUACAUGCACCACCAGUAUUCAGGACCAUCAUACGGCUACAACCAAGGAUACGGAGGCCCACAGGGCGGACCGCGUUACGGUGGCCCUCAGUAAAGACAGAACCGGUUUCCACAAAACAAACAAACAACCCUAAAAACAAUCUCAAGUAUUCAGCUGAAUGCAAUAGCACAGUGUGUUCCAAUUGUGUUUUCUGCAAUAGUGUGUGCCCCCCGGCCCUCCCCCCAAUAUUUCCUGUAAUAUUUCUUCCGAAAACAUCAACGAACGGGUUUCAACGACGCUGCGUAGAAUAUUUUCUUCAAAUCAACGACGCUGCGUAGAAUAUUUCCUUCAGAUCAACGACACUGCGUAUAAUUUCUCUCUCCAGAUCAACGACACUGCGUAGAAUUUCUCUCUCCAGAUCAACUAUAAUGAGAAUAAAAUGUUCGUUUCCUAAACUUAUUAAAUCAAAUAUUUUUUGAUUUAAUAUUUCUGUUUUUCUUUGUAGCAUGUUUUCAUAAUGAGUUCAACCUUCUAACUAAAAUAUACAUAUUAAAAUCCA